UAGUUGACUGCCAGAGCCAAAGCGGAACGGUGGUGGCGUAGCGUUGAAUUCUCCGGUUGUCAAUCGUUAUUGUUGCGUGUAGAGAGGGAGCUCCGAACGUGACAGAUUCCGAUUUUGAACACGGAAAAUCGUGGCAAUUAUAGAUCAACACACACGGCGGCAAGAGUGCGGACUACUCGAAUGACAGUUGACAGUUUUUCCUCUCGGUCGGAAAAGGUGCACAAUUAGUACUUUCGACGGUUGCAUGCGGUGAUAGAAGAUGGAUGGUUGUUUCAGUUUCUAGUUUUCUGUUGUUUUUUGUUGCUAGUUUUUCAAUGGAGUGCGGUUAGUUUUCUGUGAUCUUUUGUGGUAAUUGAGCAGCUGAAAACGAGCAUAUAGUGAUUGACCUAGCUAUUAGUGAAAGUUUGAAGUAUUUUGUUGCUGUUAUUGUAAAUCAUUUUUCCGGAAACGAAAUACAUGGUCAAUACAUGUUAGAGCAAUGAUUACAAGAGUGAAAUAGUGGAAUUAUGUCUAGUUGGUGCUCAAAAUAAAUUCGACGAGAUAAGAAAACCUUUCUGGAAAGUCUAACUCUUCGAACUGGUGCAUUUGUUGUUUUUUGAGGCCGAUUCCAUCGCUAUUUUGGCAUCAUUAGUCCAACAUGUGUCAGCCAGACCUCAAUUAGCUGAAUCAAUACCGAUACUCAUGGAAGAAGCUGGUCACUCAUCUUGGAGGAUAUAAAAGGAACCUACAAAGAGAGCUGGGCUCUCUUAUUGCUGGAACGAUAGUAGAAACCAGCAUGCUGCGCGCGCGCCAAAUGGCUGAGUAGACCAGCCAACAUCAGCCUUCUUCCAACCUGACCACGCUACGCCAUACCAUGGAGAGGACCGCCAGACACCAGAGCUCAGCCCAAAUCAGCCAACCCGGAGACACUACACCAUUCUACAUACAUAAAUACACAUACACAUACACUGAAUAAAUAUCGCACCCACCCCACGCGACACUGGCCCACAUCAAUCGGCAUCAAAACAAGGGAGAAUAUAGGUCGCUCAAGAAGCUCAGCAGCACAAAAGCCCACCCUCACCGUGUACCUCAGAACGCACAAAAGUGGCUGUUUUGCAUAAGUGCACGCCCGAUGGUGAUGAUAGUCAGUCAACCUUAAGCUGUAACUUCGUUACCCCGAUUAUUGUUCAGAAUGGAAAUGAUUAAGAAGGAGAAUAUACAAAUCAGUGAUAAUGGUGGACCAACGGAAGUUACCACAGGCCCACCGGCAGCGACAACAGCAGCCACCCCGGCACUAACACAAGCGACGACGGCUGCGAUGGCGACAAUCGAGGUGCGAGACGAAAAAUCCCAAAAUGAGAAAUCAGUUCACUCUGAGGCACAGCCGUCAAAGCAGCCGUCGAACACGGGAUUGCGCGCGUUGUUCCGCAAGUCCAACACUUGUGGCAGUUUGUACGUGAAGUGUAGCUGUAGUAAUAGUGAUCCCGUGUGGUCACACGCCCUCACAUCCGAGGGGGUGCAUACGGGCAGCGGUGGUGGUUCGCUACAAGGCAGACACAGUCACGCUCACAGUAGGCCCAUUUCGACUUCGGAGAAGGAUUUUCGCCGAAUCAAGGUUCUGCACGCCUUCUCGCAUCCCGAUACGACCACCGUUUUCACCGAUGAAAAUAAAUACGCGAACAAUUUCGGUAACUCGCCAACGCGAGCGCUAAUUACAUCCGCACAAGCCGGUCAGUUCGAGCUACUCCAUUCGACACAUUCCAAGAGGCUGUCGAGUCCGACCAUCCAUCCCGAUUACGCGUUUCAUCCGGAGUUCGUGCUGCAGAAACUUGCACUCAGUCGUAACGGACAGCUUCAGGAUAAAAAAUCCUCUUCGAUUAACAUACCCCGAAAACCAAUUUUGAAGAAGAGUUCCAAGAGUUAUCCAGGAUUAUCCCCUUCCGACAAUAGUGUUGAAUUGAUUUUAAGAUCUUUCGCGCGAACACAUUUUCCCUCCUCGAGCGUGGACGAAGUUACCGAAGAGGAAAGUGUACCAAAUUUGCAAGUAUCAGAAUCCGACGAUAACGACAGUGGCGGAGACUCGUUAAUAUCGUUCUCCGCGAAACCGGAUCCAACCGGAGAUCCCUCGAGUGAGUUCGAACCCGAGCAUGCCUGCGUCAUAAAUGGUGAUGAAUCGUCAAUUAAUAACGGCCAGGACGCGCUUCUAGCGAGAACUUACGAAGGCACAUCUUGCGGGAGUGUAAUUCAGUCAGAGCGAAGCAAGCGAAGUGAUCCAAUCCCGAUCAACAGAGCAAUCGUUGACAGCUCUGAUCAUCUGAGUGAUAGUGUUUGUGAUAGUAGUCCGAGUGUUAAAGUUAUCGGUGGAGAGACUGUUUCGCGAGGUCCGAUCGCACCGAAGCUAGACAUUUCGGCGCAGGAAUUUUUCAUACAGUCAGGAAUCCUUGGACCAAUGGGCAAUGGAUCGUCGAUGCUCAUGCGAAAGACCUCCAAGAUCGUUCCGAACUUGGACGCACCGGUCAAAGAGAGGAUUCGCAAAAACUCCAAACUGCUGUACGGCAAGCGGACCGUUCUGACCGAUGGCCGGCGCAAAUCCAUCCCCCCGGCGAGCAACUGUGAUAGCUUCCAGUCGUACGGCAGCACACCAACACUGGCCGGCAGCGAGCCGGGUAGCAAAACCAUCGAGGAUGAAAUCAAGGUCCUGCGGCAGCUUCUCAUCGCGCGGGACGAAGAAAUCAGCAAGCUGAAGCGCGAAAUCGACAAGUUAAAGAGUGUGCUCCAGCAAACGACGGUUACCAGCAUGAACCGCUCGCCACCGGGCGGUUCUACGCAGACGCCGAAUUCCAAAGUACCCCGUGUGCUGGAAGGCGACCUGCUGUCCAGUAUUCAGACCAACUAUGUGAUGGCCGGACAGCAGCUGCCAAUGUCCGAGCUGUACGGCAUCUCGGGGAAGGGAUUCAAACUGGCGCACAAUAGCAACGGCACCACCAGCAACGGUUCCUUCAACAACAAGGGAGCUACCCUGAUGGCCAUGAAGAAGCAGGGCGUCUCGGGUGAGAGCUGCGAACUGAUGGGUAGCCACUCGGACAUUAAAAUUCCAAAGUACGACAAAGAUUAUAGCUCGAAACAGCUCAUCAAGGACGCGAUUUUGGAGAAUGACUUCUUCAAGAACAUUGACUCGCUGCAAAUACGCGAAAUUGUCGACUCGAUGUACAGUCGCGAGUUCCGCAGCGGUGAGUAUGUGAUUCACGAGGGACAGGCUGGGUCGCAUCUGUACGUUUCGGCCGUCGGUGAGUUUGAGGUGUUGAAAGACGGUAAAUCGCUCGGAUUCAUGGGCUCUGGGAAGGCAUUCGGGGAGCUGGCCAUCCUGUACAACUGCACCCGGACGGCAUCCAUCAGAGCUCUGAACGAUUCCCGGGUGUGGGUUUUGGAUCGGCGAGUAUUCCAGCAAAUAAUGAUGCGCACCGGUAUGCAGCGGAUAGAGGAAAACGUCAACUUCCUCCGGUCAGUUCCUCUGCUGAAGAAUCUGAGUAAUGACGUACUUACCAAGAUUGCUGACGUGCUGGAAGUGGAAUUUUACCCAGUUGGAGCGUACAUCAUCCGCCAGGGAGAGGCCGGCGACACAUUUUUCCUAAUCAGCCAAGGCACCGUGAAAGUCACCCAACGCUUCCCAGGUCGUUCCGCCGAAGAGGAGAUAAGAAUUCUUGGCCGGGGAGAAUACUUCGGCGAGAAGGCGCUCAUUAAGGAAGACAAACGAACGGCGAAUAUAAUUGCUAUGUCACCGGGAGUGGAGUGCCUCACACUUGACCGGGAGUCCUUCACGAAACACAUCGGGGACCUGUGCGAGCUGCACCAGAAGGAUUAUGGCGAUGAGGAGCGCGUGUCGGCGUUCCGCAGCUUGGCAAAUAAACCGCCGGCUGCGUUGGAUGCUGCGAAGCAGGGUAUGUGUUUUUUUUUGUUUUGUUUGCGUUAUCCUAUUUCUAUUCGUUCGAUUAUAGAACUUAUGGACGUGGAAUUCUCGCAACUGGAGACUGUUGGAACCCUCGGGGUGGGCGGAUUCGGCCGGGUGGAGUUAGUCAAGUUGGAGCGCAAUGGCGUUGUGCAGGUGUAUGCUCUCAAGUGCAUGAAGAAGAAACAUAUUGUGGAUACUCGGCAACAGGAGCACGUGUAUAGCGAGCGGAAGAUUAUGCUCGCGUGUCUCAGCCCUUUCAUCUGUCGGUUGUACCGAACGUACCGAGACGAUAAGUAUGUGUAUAUGCUGCUGGAAGCCUGUAUGGGGGGCGAGGUUUGGACGAUACUCAGGGAUAGGACACAUUUUGACGAUGGGACGGCUAAAUUCAUCGUGGGAUGUGUUUUGAAGGCAUUUGAGUUCCUACACGCGAGAGGUAUCGUCUACAGAGAUCUGAAGCCGGAGAAUUUACUGCUUGACUCCAAGGGCUAUGUGAAAUUGGUCGACUUCGGAUUCGCCAAAUUUAUUGGUUACAGUAGUAAAACUUGGACUUUCUGUGGCACGCCCGAGUAUGUGGCGCCAGAAAUUGUUUUGAAUCGAGGUCAUGACCGAUCCGUAGACUAUUGGGCGCUUGGCGUGUUAAUCCACGAGUUGCUGACUGGCAUCCCCCCAUUCGCAGCGGCAGACCCCAUGAAAACGUACAACAUCAUACUGAAGGGUAUCGACAUGGUGAACUUCCCGAAGCACAUGUCCCGCUCGGCAGUCAGCCUGAUCAAGCGGCUCUGUCGUGAUAUUCCCUCGGAACGGCUAGGGUACCAGAGGGGCGGAGUUCAGGAUAUUAAGAAGCACAAAUGGUUUCAGGGCUUCGAUUGGGAGGGUCUAGCCAACUUAACGCUCAAAUCACCAUUGCAGCCAAAGCUAAAGGGGCCCCUUGAUAUGUCAAACUUUGACGUGUUUCCUCCCGACACCAGUGUCCCACGGGAUGAAACAUCUGGCUGGGAUGCGGAUUUCUAGUGUAACUAGCAACAACAACAACCAACAAAAAACUCUAGCUUGUAGAAACCCUUCUAGUGAUACAUCGAUUGUAAGCAAUAGAUUCAGAAACAAACAAAAUACAAGCGAUUGUGGUAAGUAAAACGAAGAGCUUUACGUUUCUGGUAGGUAGUAGAGUAUUUCCGGUUUAACGCUUUAUAUCUCAUGUUUUUGUAGUUGUUAAAUUUGAAAACCCAAUAAAUAAAUGAAAGAGGUAUGCAUUUUAUGAGAAAUACA